GCACAUGUUCUCAGCAAAGCAAAAAGACAAACUUAUAAAGUGACACGCCGAAAUGUGAAAAGAGGCUGUUAAUCACCUGACAGACGAGACAGGACGGAGGAAGCAGCRGCAGCAGGAACAUCCCUCCCAGCCCCUGUGAAUCAUGAGAAAACCAAAGCAAACCCUCAUGAGGUUUCUGUUUGUGCUGCUGGGGAUCUGUGUCCUGUGGUGUCUGAGCCUGCCUUAUUUUAUCCUGUCUCUUCCCCGCCUCGUUUGAAGGACUACAAAGAGGAACUGCACGUCCUGCAGGUGAAGAUGGAGGCAGAGAAAGCCAAAGGUCAGCAGAGGGAGGAGCUGAUCAGUGAGCUGCGGUCAGAUAAAGUCCAGCUGCGCCGACAGCUGACUCAAAUGGAGGAGCUCCUGAAGCUGCAGAUGGAGAAAAGGCAAGAUCAGAAACGAGAAGUGAAGCAGGGGACAGGAACGUUCCUAAAAGAACGCAGUUUGGAGGCAAUAUACAGAAAAUCAAACCAGGAAGAACUUGAAGAUAAAAACUGCCCACUGCUGCCCACAGAUGGAUUUCCUGAGUGUAARGGGAAACUGAAGUGGAUGAAGGACAUGUGGAAGAGCGACCCGUGCUACAGCAGCUACGGUGUGAACGGGUCGCUGUGCUCCUUCAUCAUUUACCUCAGCGAGGUCGAGUCCUGGUGUCCGGUUCUUUCAGGCCGAGAGAGACCACCAGCUGCAGGGGAAACGCCAGGAGCAGGCAGAGCUGUUUUACGUCACAGUUUAGAAGGUUUGUACCAAACUCUGGGGGAUAAAAGCCAGUUCACCUGGAUCCAACAACGAAUCAAAAGCAUGGAGGGGAUCUGGGUGGAGGCGGGACGCUCCCUGUCAGCCAAACACAACCUGACAGAGAGCAAAGCUCAACAGAUUCUGGUGCAUCCAGGUUUGGUUACACAAGAAGCAAAUCUAAAAAUAGUGGAGAACGCUUUCAGUGGCGGGCCCCUGGGSGAGCUGGUUCAGUGGAGUGAUCUUAUAGCCACGGUUUACACUUUAGGUCACGAUCUUCACCUGUCUGCAUCCAAACAGGACCUCAAAACAUUUUUUGAUCCUUUAAUAAGUAACUGUCCUUCUCGUCAACCAAAAGUGGAACCAGAYCUGAUCUAUACAGACAUCAUUGGCUUCAGACAAAUCCAGUCUGUGCUGAAGUCAUUCUGGACCAAAUACAAGUGUGUGAUCCGUGUGUUGGACUCCUUCGGCACUGAACCAGACUUCAAUCAUGAACUCUGGGCUAAGAAUCAUAAUCUUAGGAGUCCAUUUGGUGGCCUGAAUCUGAGCCCCCUGCAGUUCUACACCAUGUUCCCUCACACCCCAGACAACACGUUCCUCGGCUUCGUGGUUCAGCAUCAGCUGAGCUCUGAGGAACACGAGCAGCUCAGGUCCACCACGAGGCAAAACCAGGCUCUGGUGUACGGAAAGCGUGCAUCAUUUUGGAGGGGUAAAGAUGCUUAUCUGGAUGUUAUCCAUAAGUACAUGGACGUCCACGGGACGGUGGAUGACGGCACUUUUCUUCCGAGUUAUGUGAAAAACCACGGCAUUGUUAAAGGAACUGAAGUUCAGACUUUGUUGAGGCAAAGCAAAGUUUUUGUAGGGCUGUCGUUCCCCUACGAAGGACCCGCUCCUCUGGAAGCUUUGGCCAACGGCUGCAUUUUCCUGAACCCCAGGCUGAAUCCUCCACAGAGCAGUCUGAACUCUGAGUUCUUCAAAGGGAAGCCCAACACAAGAGAGGUGACUUCUCAGCACCCUUAUGCUGAAGCAAUAGGAGAACCUUAUGUGUGGGUGGUGGACAUGUCCAACCAGACAGAUGUGCACAGAGCUCUAACUGCUAUUCUCAAUCACAGUAUUGAUCCGUACCUUCCCUAUGAGUUUACCUGUGAAGGAAUGCUGCAGAGGGUUAAUGUCCUGAUUGAAAAACAGGACUUUUGUUCAGACGCAAAAAGCUGGCCGCCUCUGAGCGCGCUGCAGGUGUUGAAAGCAAACGCAGGUGUUUCAUGUAAACAGGCGUGUCAGGGGGAGGGGCUGAUCUGUGAACCGAUGUUCUUUCCACACCUGAACGAUGCUAAGAAUCUUGCCAGCUACAGUGUGGAUUGUCAAACAUCAGAGUCUUCCAACGCUCACAUUGUSCUCCCUGCCUACGACAGCAGCAGGAAACGAUGUCUGCUCCAGUCGGACCCUCUGCUCUUCAGCUGCGUCAGAUCGGACCCCUCCUUYAUACGGAUCUGCCCCUGCAGGGACUACAUCAAGGACCAAAUAGCCUUGUGCAAGACGUGCAUCUAAGUUCUGGACAACUUUCCUUCUGUGUGUCACUCUGCACACACGGCACUGUAAAGGUCAAUGCAAAGAUCAGAGCUGUGAUUCAUGUCRGAUGAGCUGUUUCCUGCUCAGCAGCAGGAAGGAUCUGAGGACUGGGAUGUUUACAGAUACCUCCAGAUGAUUGGAGGCUUCUGGCUUCAAUCACUAUAUACCAGAUGAAGGACUUUAUAUCAGUGGCAUAAUUUCUCUCUAUUUAUUUCUUGUGUUUUUACAUCCAGAGCUGAAUUUGUACAUUUCAAACAGAAGUUUCAUUCAAAUGUAUUAAAAUUUCCCGACAUAAUUAAAAAAAAAAACUUGAACCAUGCUAUGAAUUAAACCAACAGCUAAAUCCACAAAUUUUAAACUAAAUGAAUACUUUUGUAGGAUUCGGCACCAAAAUAUCUUCUAUAAGAUUCCCAGAAAUGUUUUUUUAUUUUAAUUUUUUUGCAUAGUCCAGACAGCAGAAUGAGAGCAACCAUGAAAAGAUGAUGCAAACGUAUGAAAUAAAAUUUUAUUCAGAGAAAAAUCCUAUUAUUGUAACAAUGAGGAGCUGGAAGCAUCUCUUUAAGGAUGUGUAGAGAUCAGUGGUCAGGUUUGUCUGUCUUGUUUUAACCCAGAUUUCUGGGAUGAAUGUUGGUAUUUAAUAAAAAAAGAUAAGAAAAUAAAAAUGAAUAAACUAAGUGAAGAGCA